CCGUGGCCGAUGCGGCAGUGCGAAGGUAACAAAGCUAUGGAGCUGGGGAAAGGGGAAGUUCGCUUCUGCCUCUUUUGUCUUUCCUUUCUUCCCAGUUUUCUCUGCUGGGAGGUUACUUUUCCCUUUCGUUCUGUAUACUGUCAACUGUCAGAUUCCUGUGAUUGCGCCUUCCAGCCCAGAAUUGACUAUCUGGAGCUGGACCUAUGCCGCAAUGUGUAUGGACAGCAUGUGGCCAAAGAAGUGAUUGUCAGUGCCAUAAAACAGUUUGUGCAGACGCGCAGCCCAGUGAAGCCCCUGGUCUUAUCGUUUCAUGGCUGGUCAGGGACUGGGAAAAGCUUUGUCACUACGUUGUUAAUGAGAAACCUGUAUCGGGACGGGAUGAAAAGCCGUUAUGUGCACCAGUUUGUACCCACCUUGCACUUUCCCCAUGCCUGCCAGAUCGACACGUACAAGGAGCAGCUGCGAAGCUGGAUCAGUGGUAACCUGAGUGACUGCAGCAGAUCUGUCUUUAUUUUUGAUGAAAUGGACAAAAUGCACCCAGGUUUGAUUGAUGCAAUCAAGCCCUUCCUCGGCAAUUCACACGUUAUGUACGGAACAAAUUAUCGGAAGGCGAUAUUUAUUUUUGUAAGCAAUGCUGGAGGCAAGCAGAUAAACAGGGUGGCGCUAGACUUCUGGAAAAAUCAAAAGGACAGGGAGGAAAUUCGACUGGAAGACUUGGAGUCCAAAAUAUCCAACGAGGUUUUCAAUAACAAACUCAGUGGGUUCUGGAAUUCCACGAUCAUAAAUGAACAACUUGUCGAUUAUUUUGUACCGUUUCUACCUCUGAAACUCAAGCACAUCAAGGAAUGUGUGAGAAGUGAGAUGGUCUCCAGAGGCAUCAAACCUUCAGAUGAAAUAGUUGCAGAAGUUGCCAAGUCCAUGAACUUUAUUCCAGAGAAUGAGAAACUGUUUUCUCAAACAGGCUGCAAGACUGUGUCUGCAAAAUUGGACUUUUUCUUGUAACUUCAAGAGAAUAUUGUACAAGUGUUUGUGUCGCAAAGUAUAAUUGUAUAUCACCGGUUACUGUUGUCUCUUGGGAGAGAAUUUUGAAGAUCUGAUUGUUGUUGCUAACAUAUUUAAUUUGAUGAUAUCCAGUUAGCCUUCAGAAUACUGUCCUGUUUUAGGGAUAAGUUAUUGGGCCAGAAGAAGAAGAAAAGUCUUUUACUGGACCUUUUCUUUUAAGAAAAUUCUUAAAUAAGUCCAAAUGUAUAAUUGCUUCAGUAAAGAAUUGAGAAUCAGAUUAUUCCUGGUCGUAGAGUGGAUGAUGAAUGCAGGGCCCAACUCGAUUGGUUAACAAAUUCUUCAGAGGGACAGAGCAGUUGAUUCACAACGCCAGUGUACAGGAGUGGCAAGAGGACAGUCGUUUGAUUUGGCAUGCUAAAAAUCAGAAUCUUGUUGCCAAUCAUUGACACUGACUAAAGAUACCUUUAUAAAAAAAGUACAUACUGAGCUCAUAUUGUAUUGCACAGGUCUGCCAGUUUAAGAAAAAUUGAGCAGUUUGCACUACAUGUAAACUCAUAUUCAGUCUAAGUUCUUUAAGGAUAACCCUUGCUUUUUGCACAUGAAUUCUGAAAGUGGAUCCUGAAUGGAGGAGACUUCUGUGUUCCAAAACUAUUAAAUAGAGAAAAGGGAAUUCUUGGCUGUGGUAACAGGCAGUGUUCAUUCAGAGCUGGCCAAUAAUUUGGCAAAUACCACAGCUCAUGCAAAGGUUGGCUCCUUUAAGUUGCCAUAUAAACUCUCCCAGGUUUUUACAACCAAGGACCCUUGCAUUUAAACAAAUUGGUUGUGCACGGCAAAAGAAAAAAGAAAUUAUUAAAGUCGAGUAAGGUUUGUAAUCACCCAGAUGGAUUUUAACCGCUGUUUAAAUAAUUGUGAUGGGGUUAUUAUCUGGAAAUUAUGACACUGUAACAUUUUUCAUCAAAUAAUACUGCCCUUAUUAGUCAGUUAUUGCCUGUGACCAGUGCUGGGUGUGGGGACAAGAAUUGAUCAAGGUACGAUGCACAAUGGCCUCCACUAUUUAAAAACAGGAUGAAACUGCUGAAAUAAAUAGCUGCUAUUUCCAGCUUCUGUGUGGCAAAGCCUCACAAGAGGAUUUGUACACUGAGCAGGAAUUAGGAAAGUGGUUGUAGAGCUAGGUUUUGGGGCUAUUUAAGGGCAGGAAGAGAUGGAGCACAUUGUACCCAUUUUGGGUCAUUCAGGAAUAGCUUGGCUAGUGGUUGAUUUUCCCCAAUAUUUGACCUGCUAACGUAGGGAAUUAUGGCAACACAGCAACAAAGCAGUGCAGGCAUUGGAAAAUGCUGAAAUUGUUCAGCAGGCCUGGCAGCAUCAGUGGAGAGACAGUAAACAUUCCAAGUUGAUGACUUUAACUCACUUCCUCUUCACAGAUGCUGCCUGACCCACUUCCUGCAUUUUCGGUUUUCCUUUGGGAAGUUAUAGCUGUGAAUUUGAAUACAGCUGCCCACUGUAUGGCUGAAAAUCCUCAGAAUACCUGAGAUGUAAAUCCAUCUUAACAUAAAUAUCCUGAGGAUUUUCCACAAAAAAAAACCCUAGAUGUUUGUUCUUGGCCAUGUGCACUUUUAUACUUAAAAAAACCCAACCUUGUCUCACAGUAUUGGACUUCUGGCCAACCGGAUUAAAUGAUGUAACUUAUUUAAAAACCAGCAAAGACCUAUAAAAUAUUUGUCAUGAAAUUAGUACUUUUUAAAUUUUAUCAGCAUUUCUUCAAACCCCAUCUUAAUACCAUUCUAUCCUUCCCAUGUCAAACCCAUCCCAUUCCAUCCCUUACAUUGAGACAUUUUGCUUUGAAAAUGCUUCAGAAUACUACUUGCUUGCAUUGCUGUGACAUUUUUCAUCCAUUGCUCUUUUUGGAAUCUUAUUAAAGUGAAUCUGUUGCCUCUCACUCUAUGGAGCAGGCCAUAAGGAACUACCUCUUUCUUAAACCAAGUCAGGCUGAAUGAUCAUUAAAUUCUGAAGAAGACUGAUGGUCUUCUUUUGUGCUUUGACUGGAGGAAGCAAGUUAUUUAUUAAACACAGGUAAAUAUUUCAAAGCUUGAGCUCACGAUUGGCAUUUUAGAACCUUCCAACUUUCAAAUUUGUUUUUACGUUAAAUUGUUUUGUGUUAAACAGCACUAAACUGAAUUGUAUUGUCUGUUUAAUGAUUUCCAAGACACUUUUUCCAAAUACUUUAAUGUUUAAAAUUAUUUUGUUAUUCCAACUGUGGAUCUGUAUCAAAGGGAGAAAUUCUUAAAACAUAUUUUCUGUGAUUUUUUAAAAUAUUAAAUAAGUGAGUUGCAAAUUGUAAAAA